AUGUGCGUAGAUAGUUGUGCCAUCAAUAGGAUCACGGUAAAGUAUCACUUUCCUAUUCCUAGGCUUGAUGACAUGUUGGAUAUGAUGGUUGGUGCUACGAUAUUUUCUAAAAUUGAUUUGAAGAGUGGGUAUCACCAUAUUAGGAUCCGCUCAGGUGAUGAAUGGAAGACCACUUUUAAAACAAAAGAUGGUCUUUAUGAGUGGUUAGUUAUGCCUUUUGGCUUAACUGACGCUCCGAGCACUUUUAUGCGAGCAAUGACACAGACUCUUUGUCCUUUCAUGGGUAAGUUCCUUGUCGUCUACUUUGAUGACAUUCUCGUCUAUAGUACAACGAAGGAACAACAUCGAGAUCAUCUCCAGCAAGUUUGUUCUACCCUUCGGGUAACAAAAUUGUAUUCUAAUGUCAAGAAAUGUUCGUUCUUCACCGACAUCGUCGUCUUCUUAGGUUUCAUUAUAUCAUCUAUGAGGGUAUCUGCCGAUCCUGCCAAAAUUCAAGCGAUUGUUGAUCGGCCUGAGCCUAAGACUUUGCAUGAUGUCAGGAGUUUUCAUGGCCUAGCAACCUUUUAUCCGUCGUUUCAUCAAAGGGUUUAG